UUGUGCUGCAGAGCUGACCCACAGCAGAACAUUUGGCACUCUUAUGAGCGAUGGAGGAAAUCUAUGAGAAUGAUAAAUAUGACGACUGUGCUGACUUAAGAGCAUCAAAGAAUCAGAGAGGUCCCAGGAGCUCAGAGAGGAGAUUUCAUGGAUCUGUGGUUCUCUGUCUGGGUCUGCUCACUGUUCUCCUGCUGGUUGGACUCAUCCGUCUCGGUGUCCACUACCAUGUCUCCGCUCAGCGUUCAGCUGCAGAACUCUCCUCUAUCAAAGCCAACCUGACUGAGCGUCUUCAGGCCAGAGACAACAAGUCCUGUUCCCUGACUGAAGAGAGAGACCUGCUGAAUGCCAGAAUCACUGAAAUGACUCAAGAGCUGGAAAGGCUGACUGGUUUGGUGAAAACCUGUCCUGAAGGAUGGAAGAUGUUUAAUAACACAUGUUAUCUCCUCUCCAAUGAGUCUGGUACCUGGGAUAAAGCCAGAGAGGACUGCAGAAACAGAGGAGCAGAUCUGGUGGUGAUAAACAGCGAUGAAGAGGAGACGCUUCUCUCCAAGUUCAUACCCUACCGUGCUUGGAUCGGUUUGACUGACAGAGAGGAGGAAGGGACCUGGAAAUGGAUAGAUGGAACUCCACUGACUCUGACGUACUGGGCAAGAAAUCAGCCUGAUAAUGGUGGUGGAAGCUCAAAGUGGGGUGAAGAGGACUGUGCACAUAUCAGCACGGAGGAUUUCAAUCACUGGAAUGAUCGGUCCUGUGAAGAUUCUGUGCAAUGGAUCUGUGAAAAAACAGCCUAACACUGCUGUAUUGGUUAUAAGUUCUACAAUGCAAGCUAUGAUUAUGUAAAGCUUUUUGUUAUAAGUGCUUGUGUGUUUGUGUGUGUUUUUGAUCAUGUUAGGGACUACUGUAUGUGUUGCAAGAUGCACCUAUUGAUGAUGAUAAAUAAUAAUAACUCAA